AUUGUCUUGUGAAAACGUUUGCUGGUUUUCUGGUUGUUGCAGAAUAUACUCUCAUUUCAAGCCUGGUCUUCUCUCUCUAGAUAGCGGGGCUGGGACGCGUCAAUAGUUAGCUCACUGGUCGUUGGUCAUCGAACCUCGUUCUCGUUCGCAGAUUUAAGUGAACUCGUUAAGCUUCAAACCUAAUAAUUUGGCGACGGUGGUUUUUCAAUUAUGGACCCUUCCAAACUUGAACUGUUACUUGAGCAGCAGCUGAAAUUGAUGCAAAUGUUGACGGAGACCAGGGUUACAUCUCCCUUACAGCCAAGCACGUCUAGUUCAACCACGGCACCAUCAGUAGAUGGCAUCGCAAAUAGUAUAGCUGAAUUCCAUUACGAUCCUGAUGCUAAUGUUACUUUUGAGAUGUGGUUCAGGCGUUAUGAAGAUCUAUUUAAAUUUGAUUUCGCCAAUCAAGAUGAUGCUUGGAAAGUGCGGAUGCUACUUCGUAAAUUGGGUGCAACUGAGCUGGAUAAGUAUUGCAAUCUGAUCCUGCCUUUGAACCCACGUGAACGAUCUUUUGCAGACACAGUUCAAACAUUAAGUCAACAUUUUGGCGAUAACUCGUCACUGUCUAAUACUCGUUAUCGAUGCUUGAAGCUAACUAUGAACGAAGAUGAUGAUUUCCUUACGCAUGUGGGCGUUAUCAACCGUGAAUGCGAACGAUUCCGGUUAAAGUCUUUGACUGAAGAUCAGUUUAAAGCCCUGAUCCUCAUUUGCAGCUUACAGCAUCAAAAGUUCAGUGACUUACGGAUAAGGCUACUAAGUCGGUUGGAUCAAGAGCCGAAACUCACCCUGAGUGAUAUAGCUAAUGAAUAUCAACGUCUCAUUAAUCUGAAACGAGACACUUCUGUGGUACAGAGUGGUGGGUCUAACCGAUCUGAAGUACGAGCGGUGCAACAGACACCUUACAAAAACAAAUACGUCCCUGCUCCAUCCAGUCCAUCCCACUUCAGCUCGGGACGACAGACUAAAGCAAAUCCCCCUGCUCCUUGCUGGCAAUGUGGUGCAUGGCACUACGUUCGAAACUGCUCAUUUAAGCAACAUCGAUGCAAGAAGUGUAAGGUUAUCGGUCAUAAGGAUGGGUUUUGUCUGAGGAAAAAGAAUCCAAGUCAAUCCAGAAAUAACAAAAAGACCCUUCCUAGAUCCCGCACUAAUUCUUUGAGCUUAGUAUCUUCAUGUCAAAGCUCAUCACCAGGUGAGAGAAAAUUUAUUGCUGUUAAUAUUAAUGGGCACUCAUCUACAUUACAGAUAGAUACUGCAUCAGAUGUCACUAUCCUCUCACGUAAGAUUUGGACUAAAAUGGGCAGCCCAAACCUGCAGCGUACAAUGCAGAAGCCUCGUACUGCGUGUGGUAAUUACCUUCACCUGCUUGGACAAAUGGAAUGUACAGUUACUUUCCGUGAUUCGGCGUUUGUUGGGGUAUGUUACAUAACACCAGCUGAUCUAAAUUUACUCGGGUUAGAUUGGUUUGAUCAGUUAAAUUUAGCUGAUGUCCCGUUGAAUACCAUAUGCAACCUGGUAUCACAACCCCAACUACGACAACAACCACAUGACUUAGAAGCAUAUACAAGGAACUUAAUGACGCAGUUUUCAACUAUUUUUCAACCUGGAUUGGGUCGGUGCUCUGCCAUGAAAGCAACACUUCGAUUGAAAACGGGGGCUAAGCCUGCUUUUCGUCCAAAGAGACCUGUGUCUUAUGCAAUAUUGCAAACAGUAGAUGAAGAAUUGAAUCGCCUUUAACAACAAGGAAUUAUUACUCCCAUUUCCUAUUCUGCAUGGGCAGCCCCUAUAGUUGUUAUCAAGAAGGCUAACGGCACGAUACGUAUAUGUGCUGACUUUUCAACAGGUCUCAAUGCAGCUCUGGAACAACAUCAUUAUCCUCUGCCUGUCCCCGCAGACCUAUUUACCAUGCUGAAUGGAGGAAGGUUCUUCGCUAAACUUUAUCUA